ACCUUUGCUGUUACGCCCUCCCACGUUAGGCCCAUUUUCUCGCCGCCUAUUCUAUAGCUCCCCAGUUUCAAGCCCAUGCUACCGAUUUCCGGUUUACGCCGAAACAAUUUGUUCGACAAAAGACUCGAGAGAUACAGAGAUGAAAGGUGGUCGGAUUGUUACACCUCCAUUGCUCAAGCCUCUUCGCAUCGCAUCGUCUCUCACUCUACCUUUGAUUCGGAAUCGUGCUUGUUGAAGACAACGGCUUAUUUCAGCCACGAAUUUUCCCUUCCGCCAAACAGCUUCUUCAACCUUCUGAUCGCGUGGCAGCUUAUCAAAAUUAAACCCCUUUUCCUCUCGACCUUUUGCUUCCGCCCAAGGUCUCUGUGAUAAUUUAAUGGCGUCUUUGAGAUGGGAACUGUAUCGGAAUCUUUUAGGAGAAGUUAGUAGCUACAUUAUGCAACCGCGGUUUUAUAGCUCGAAAGUUGACUUGAAAAAGUUGCGACCUAUGAUACUGAAGAGAAUUGAAAAUCGAGCAAAGGAUUAUCCGGUUCCGGCAAUGAUUCCAGUAGCAGAAGAGGUUCUUAGUGCAAGAGCUCUUCUCAUCCGAGGCGUCUCCACGCUUCUCAGAGUUUUUUCUGUUGUCACCUGCAAGUUCUGUCCAGAAGUAUUUGUAGGCGAGAAAGGUCACUUAAUUCAGACUUGCUGUGGUUACAGGCGUCGAGGCAAGAAUCGGGUUCAUGAAUGGGUGAAGGGUGGCUUGAAUGAUAUAAUUGUACCGGUAGAAGCCUUUCACCUGCACAAAAUGUUUCAAGAUGUUAUUAAACAUGGUGAGAGGUUCGAUUUUGAUCGUGUUCCAGCAGUUGUUGAGCUAUGUUGGCAGGCCGGAGCAGAUCCACACAUUGAAACAUUAAAUUCCAGCCCUUGGAAUACCAACAAUGAUUCCUGUGGCAUUGAAGGAGUUGAAUCUCUGUCUACUGAUGAGGUGAGGUUGAUAGCCACGGGCACUUUGAAAGCAUGGGAGACUCUUAGAUCUGGCGUGCAAAAGUUGUUAUUAACUUAUCCAGCAAAGGUAUGCAAGCACUGUUCUGAAGUUCAUGUAGGGCCAAGUGGCCACAAGGCACGGCUUUGCGGAGUGUUUAAAUACGAGAGUUGGCGAGGAACCCAUUUUUGGAAGAAGGCAAAUGUAGAUGAUUUGAUGCCUCCAAGAACUGUAUGGAUACGCCGGCCUCAGGAUCCUCCGGUUCUUUUGAAUGAAGGCCGGGACUUUUACGGGCAUGCUCCUGCAGUGGUGGCACUGUGCACAGAGGCUGGUGUAAGUACUCCCACAAAAUAUUCUUGUAUGAUGAAAGUCCAAGGUUUACCAGGGCCUGUUUGAUUCUUUUUUUUUUUUUUUUCAAUCAAUCUGCUGGUAAAUUCUCGAAUUGGAUUGGCAUCGACAUGGUCCGGUAUCCGGAGCAAUUUCAGGUGAUGUUCCAACUCAAUUCAGCAUGUCGAAGUUUUAUUCACUGAGUACAUCCUCAAGGUUAGAGUACAGCCCCAUGUAACUUCUAGCUCAAGCAUGGAAAUUUUGUUUACAUUUUCAGUAUCUUUCUCCAGAUAUAUCCUUGUAUAUGUGAAAUCAUAGAUGUGAUCAUUGUAUUUAUACAUGUUGGCCAAUAAUGUUUCAUUAUCCGGCAUUUAAAAAGCCAAA